AUGUCACAAGAAGAUACACACAUGCAAGAUGCUAACCAUGCUGCCAAUGCAGUGUCACCUUCCCCAUCGGAAGAAGAAAUCAUCUAUGAUGCAGAUAAGAUCAGGAUUCUCCCAGGUUCGCUGGAAGAUGGCACUUCGGCCUCUUUUCAAAUAUUAGAUGAAGAUCACACUUUGGGUAAUGCUCUACGCUACAUGAUCAUGAAGAACCCUGAAGUGGAGUUUUGUGGGUACAGUAUACCUCAUCCAAGUGAGAACAAGUUGAAUGUGAGAAUACAAACAUAUGGUAAUAUUUCUGCAGUAGAGGCGUUGCACCAGGGAUUAGAUAACUUGAGUGAAUUGUGCGAUGUUGUGGAAGAGAAAUUUGAAGAGAAAUUGAAAGAAGGUAAUUACAGUAGAGAGGAGGUGUAA